CAUUCUAAAUUUCUGCCUGCUUCUCCGCCGCACCGUGCAACAUCAUUCCCUCAAAUCAUCGGAAACAACUCAACAAAUAUGGCGCCUUUCCUCAAGAAAGUUCGGACCGCAACACUGGGCGAAAAACCAAAUCCCUAUAACAAACGCAACAAUCCGAGCAAUCCCACCUACAAUCCAACUUCUGUUUCUCAGGACCCUGAUCCUUUGUCACUACCAGAGAACACAACAACGGUGUCGCCGCGCGGCUCAAUUGAUUAUCUUGCAGAAGCUAGGCAAGCAAGUGGGAGAGAUCCCGUGACUGGGAAGAGGGCUAUACCUGCAACUAGUAGCGAGGGCAACCAAGCUUCACAUAAGCCCAGAUCUUUUAUGAAAUUGAGACACAAAAUUGGUGCUAGUCAUCGCGACGCAAAUCCCAACAGCAACCAAGAUAACAGUGGCUCAACGGACCCGGCGAACCCUUUUGCAGAUCCAGAGCCAGAACCACAUGCGAAGGCGAACUCGGGAACCCAGCAACAAACAGCAGAUAGCAAUGGAAACCACAACAAUGGCAACGUGAAUAUGCGGUACGAGCAGUAUAUUUGGCAGAUGAGGGAAAGGGAGUUGGCCCGGCAAGCAUGGCAGGAACCGGCGGGUGGUUCGUUUUAUGCGCCGCCACGGAGAGACGAUAUGACGUACUAUACAUGGGGCAGACCACAGGCGCAGCCGUCAGUCGAAUCAUUCUUCAGAGAUGGAAAGUUUCGUUAG